AUGGCGCCCAAGAAGACCAAGCAAGCACCGAGGCAACGCAUCGACUACCGCACUGGAUGGAGCAUGGAGGAUCCCAUCGUCAUCGACGACGUCGAAGAAGCAAGCAAAGGCAACGUCUUCACAAAGAGCUACACCGCACAGAACAGCGGCCCAGGCUACAGACCAUACUUCAGUAGCCUCGCUGGCGGCGCGAAGGUGGCCAAUCCUGCCCAGAAGCACGCAAAUGACAAGGUAGACGGUGAAAAUGCAGCCACAAACCAAAGCCACUCAAUCCACCCUGCUCAGAAGCGCAAUCGUCAGAGUCUGAGUGAGGAGGAUGAAGACUUGGACUUGAACCACAUGAGGCCCGCAAAGCGCGCAAGACAUGAGCAGCUGACCGGCCGAGUGGUGACUGAGGGCCAGACAAGCCACUCUCGACUCAAGCAAAAUCUCGAGGCGACCCUCUUCACGUUGUGGAAAGACACAGACAGGGAGCGGGCGACAGCUAGGGAGAUAGAAGUAGCAAAGAAAGAGGCUCAGUUCCAGGUGAAGAAAGACCAAGCUUUGAAGGCUGAGUUGCGCGAGGCGCAGCAUCGAUCCGACAUGGCGGCUACUCUAAAGUCCAUGCAACAAGAUUACGAUCGGCAGCGCCAGGCAUCUUUGGAGCUACAGAAAGCAGAGGAGCAGGAGCAACUCGAAGAGCGGCGCAAGCAGACGCAGGAUGCCGAGGCGAAGAAAGCUGGACAUCGGUUGGCGCUGGAGGACCACCUAAACAUGCUUUGGGAAAUCCAUGACGUACACGUCGCAAGAACUCGCAGUGUGGGAAUGGGGCAGUUGUCAGAGGCUGGUAUGCGACGUGUGCAGGAGCGUCGGGCGGCCAAGGCACGAGAGGCGGCGAGGAGGGCUUGA